AUGCUCUGGAUGAGCCAAGAGAGCGCGAUUUUCUUUGAACAUCUGAACAAGAGGGUCCCACACGAGGAAGUAGCAGUUGUCGCCUUUGAAGAGUUGAGGCUCCUCCUUCUUGAUCUGAUCAAGAUAGAUCCUCAGGACGAGUUCCUUGCCACUGGGCCAAGAAGGAUAAGCCGUCGGAACAGUCGUGGCCGGGAUGAGGAACAUCUGCAGAGUGGGGGUCCCAAGACUGACCAGGAGAAAGCCCCCUCAGGAAGGAGGCUGCGGAUCAGGGGGGCUGUGCAGAAAACGGCGAGGGGGUGUGUGGAAGAGGAUACUGAGGGUACGGACAGGAUGAGCGGGAGGGGCCGGGGGUCACACAGCAAAGCAAGCAGCGGAGGGGAGGAGUCGGAUGACGAACUAGGCGUGGAGGAGAACUUGUUGCAGACGCGCCGCAGUGACCGGGGCCGGAAUGGGUUUGUUACUGCGGAGGAGGGGGGGCAGGGACAGUUCACGAAGAGGAAUCCCAAUUACGGAAAGCAGUUGCCGAGUGGGAGGGGUGCGAUUAUUGCAACUGGUGGUGCAGAUAUGGAGUGGUUUGAUGAAGGGCGGGCAAAGGAUAGAUCUCGUGAUGCUGCCGGGAGCAGGGGAAAGCAGUUCUCAGGGAAAGAGCUGAUCACGAGAGCGGGGGGGCGUGGCAAGGUGCUGAGUCAGAUUGGGCCUGGAAAGCCAAUCCCUGGGCAGAGAAGAGCGCUUCCAAGCGGCUCGCGGGGGGGCUCGAAACCGGCGCUUGGGAAGGGUGGAUUUGCUGAGGAAGCGUUUCAUUAUGCUAAGAAGCAGCCGAGGGCGUUGGAGCACGAUCUCGCCAGCGGGGGGGAGAGUAGUGAACUGUCUGAGGGUGAGGGAAAUUCUGACGCAGAAGCUGACGGGUUUUCGUCGGAUGAGGAUCUGAAGCUGUCCCUGGUCGAGAGGAAGGACUCACCCGAGAGGGACGUGAGACCUGGGAAGAAAGCAAUCAGACCGGUUGAAGAAGAGGAGGAAGUCUCAGAAGAGGAGUCUGAUUCUGGGGAGGUAGAGAGGCAAGAGGCAGAAGCAAGGUCGAGAGCGGAGGAAGAGGAGAGGAUCAAAGAGGAGGAAGAGAAAGAACGGCAGCGCGAGAUUGAGAGGUUGAAGGAGAUCGAGUGGCAGAAAGAGGAGGCGCGUCGGAGAGACGAGGAACGGAAGCGGGGGGAGGAACGGUGGCGGGAGGAGCGGCAGAAGAAAGAGCGCGAGCGGCGGAAAGAAGUGGAGCGGCAGAAGAGGGAAGCGGAGAAGCAGAAGGAGGAGAAGCGCGUUGCGGAGGAGAAGGCACGGGCUGCGAAGGAGGCGAAGGAGAUGGCCGCACGUCAAGCGCAGCGGUCGAAGAUGGACCGGCAGCUGAGCGUUUUGGAGCGGAUCCAAGCGACGAUCGUCGCGGCGAAAAAGGCGCGGACUGGGGGAGUCGGGCCGCGGAGGGCGCCGCCGAAAGCGGCGAAAGAUGGGCCCAGCCCGGACGAGUUGUUGAUCGACGCGAGAAUCGUGAAGAAGCAGCGGUCCAUUCAAACCUCCCCUCCGGUGGCGCCGAAGCUGAAGACGGUGCGUGUGUCGAUGCUAGACAUCGCAGCUGCGGCGGAAGAGAUGAGCCCGUCGAGACCUCGCUCGGGCAAACGCAACGGCAGCCCAGGUGUGAACAGCCCCCUCGGUGCGAACAGGUCGGCCGGUGUGAAUGGCUUCGAGGCAUCAAGGCUUGGUGAAGGGUUGGAAGCGGAACGGUUCACGAACGAUCUUGGGGAAGGGGGAGGGAGUAUAAACCGGGGGCCGUCAGUGGAUUCGGUGCUCCACGGGAUCCCCCAGGCGAAGAAGGAACCGCGCUUCAUGGCCGGAGGGAGCUUCUCCGACGACUCCGACGAGGAGUCCGAGAAGCUUUUCACACCGCUCGACGAGGCGGACCUCCUAAUGGAUGUGGACAUGCCCGAUACGGACGGGCACGGUGCACAUGCGCCCGUAAGCGAUGAGUCUUUGCCCAUAAGCGGGGCGCAUCUGGCUGGCGACGGGGUCCAUAUGCCGAUGUACGGGGGAGUUGGUUUGAUGGGCAUGAAGCGGAAAGCGUUCGAGGAAGAAGCGGAGGGGGGUCUGCACUUGCGGGGGUUGGAGGACUACUCGGGGGAUCUCUCGAUGGGCCCUACCUGGCGAGGGGGGGGACCGUUCCCCCCACCUGCGUUCGGGGGACAUCUCAAUGCGGGGAAAGGAGGGUCGGAACGGGCCUCCAAGCAGUUGAGGAAACUGUACCCCGGGGGAGAGUGGCCAAACCCUUCAUCACUGCGCCGAAACGAGAGUAGCCUCAGCAUCCCGGAAACAGACUGGGUUGUUGAUGGGGAGAACAGCGAGCACAGCGGCGCUGCGGGGGACGACCUGGAAGCGGAUUAUCACCCCCCCGGAGCAGCGGAUGUCCAGCUGGAAUUGAACGGGGGGGAGGGAAGCGAGGAGGAUGACGUGGCAGGGUACCUGGCAGUUGACCAUCAAGAAGAUGAGGGGCUCGAGUAUGACGUGGGUUCACCUCGGGGGGGGAGUGAAAACGGGGCGGAGGGGGGGAGGGUUUCUGGAGCGAAUGUUGGUUUGGGACUUGGCGGGGGGGUGGGCAUGCGGGCCAAGGCCAGGGUGGGCUGA